AUGACCCAGUAUCCACCAAUCCUGACCAAGUUCCCACCAAUCCUGACUCAGUACCAACCAAACCCUGACCCAGUACCCACCAAUCCUGACCCUAUUUCUGUUUUUCUCUCCGGUGUGGACUGGACAAGGUCAGGCCUAGUGUCGGUUCGGCUCCGCGGUCGCUGUAGCCGUCGACCUCACAUCCUCACCUUCGCCGUGGCUCUGAGCACUGUCCCCAGCAGGCACACAGCGGUACUGCGUGGCCUCAUAAAGAUGCUGAGAAGAGGAAAACAGUGCACAGGGCUUGUUCUGUUCUGCUCUGGAACGGGGGGGGGGGGGGGGGGGGGGGGGGGGGGGGGGGGGGGGGGGGGGGGGGGGGGGGGGGGGGGGGGGGGGGGGGGGGGGGGGGGGGGGGGGGGGGGGGGGGGGGGGGGGGGGGGGGGGGGGGGGGGGGGGGGGGGGGGGGGGGGGGGGGGAGGGGGGGGGGGGGGGGGGGGGGGGGGGGGGGGGGGGGGGGGGGGUGGGGGGGGGGGGGGGGGGGGGGGGGGGGGGGGGGGGGGGGGGGGGGGGGGGGGGGGGGGGGGGGGGGGGGGGGGGGGGGGGGGGGGGGGGGGGGGGGGGGGGGGGGGGGGGGGGGGGGGGGGGGGGGGGGGGGGGGGGGGGGGGGGGGGGGGGGGGGGGGAGGGGGGGGGGGGGGGGGGGGGGGGGGGGGGGGGCCUGGGGGGGGGGGGGGGGGGGGGGGGGGGGGGGGGGGGGGGGGGGGGGGGGGGGGGGGGGGGGGGGGGGGUCCUGGCAGCAGCAGUAUGUAGUAGUAUCGCCUGCAGGCUUCAUACAAAGACCCUCAACCCCACCCCCACCCUCACCCCAUCUCCACCACAGCCGCAGCCCGAGCCCCAUUCCAGGCUGACUAAGUGUGUCUAA